CGCCGAAGGACGUGUGACGUCACGUGUGAAAAGAGGAGGAAGACAGAUAUAAGCCCGAGAAAUGGCGACUCCAUGAUCCUGUCGUCUAGGGGUGACUACACUGGACACUACAACGUCGUCGUGGAGUUCGGACUUUUCCGAAUAUUGGCACAUAACUUCGAAAGUUCACUCUUGAAGUGGUUGUGUCACCUAAAGCGGCAAUGGCUGCAAAUAUGUAUCGAGUUGGAGAUUAUGUGUUUUUCGAAACCUCUUCGACAACGCCGUAUCAAAUCAGACGGAUUGAAGAACUUAAUAAGACCCCAAAUGGCAAUGUGGAAGCAAAAGUUAUGUGUUUUUACCGGAGGAGGGACAUCUCAAGCUCCCUCACAUUACUUGCGGACAAACAUCAAAGUUCUGGAGAGGGUAAAUUGAGACCAACUGACACUCUGACUGCCCUAGAUGACAAUAAGUUGUCUAUGUUGACAGCCACCCUAGAUGACAAUAAGUUGUCUAUGUUGACAGCCACCCUAGAUGACACAGAGCUUGAGGCUCGGGUUGAUGACAUCACAGACAAACAGAAGCACCAGCUGAAGCAUCGAGAGCUGUUUCUAUCGCGCCAGGUGGAGACUCUACCGGCCACACAUAUACGUGGCAAGUGUGUGGUGACGCUCCUGAACGAAACCGAGUCCCUUCUCUCCUACCUAAAUAAGGAGGACACAUUCUUCUACUCGUUGGUGUAUGAUCCCUCACAAAGGACGCUUCUCGCAGACAAAGGUGAAAUCAGAGUGGGUGGCCGGUACCAGGCAGAUAUCACAGAACUGCUCAAGAAUGCAAUAGAAGAAGAUGACCGUAAAAUGGAGGAGUUGGAAGAACUUAUAUGGGAUCCAAACAGUGGUUUAAAUGACCGACAAAUUGAUCAAUUCUUAAUAGUAUCAAGAUCUGUAGGUACAUUUGCCCGUGCUUUGGACUGUACAAGUACAGUGAGACAACCUAGUCUACAUAUGAGUGCUGCGGCCGCAUCAAGGGACAUCACUCUGUUCCAUGCCAUGGACACACUACACAAAGCCCGAUAUGAGAUUGCCAAGGCUGUGACAAGCAUGGUGCCAUCUGGUGGCCCUGUGUUGUGUCGUGAUGAAAUGGAGGAAUGGUCUGCGUCAGAAGCCAAUCUAUUUGAGGAAGCUUUGGACAAAUAUGGAAAAGAUUUUAACGAUAUUAGGCAAGACUUUUUGCCAUGGAAAUCUUUGAAAAGUAUUGUAGAGUAUUACUACAUGUGGAAGACGACGGACAGAUAUGUACAACAGAAAAGAAUAAAAGCAGCAGAAGCAGAAAGCAAACUAAAACAGGUGUACAUUCCUAAUUACAAUAAGCCAAACCCAGCAGCAAUCAGUGGGAAAUUGAAUGGUGAAGAUGGUCAAGUAUCUGGACGAGCUUGUGAGAGCUGUUAUGCUGGCCACUCCAGUCAAUGGUACUCUUGGGGUCCAGCACACAUGCAGUGUAGGCUUUGUUCCUCGUGUUGGAUAUACUGGAAAAAAUAUGGAGGGCUCAAAAUGCCCACACGCUUAGAUGGUGAGCGACCAGCCCCUACUCAGAGACAAGAGCGAAUUGCACAAUUCAACAUGAUAAGGAUGCACCGAUGUACAAUAGCUGGAUGUGGUAAGGAGUUUCGUCUGAAGGCUCACUUGGCACGACAUCUAGCUACGGCACAUGGCUUGGUGGUGAGUGCAGGCAGUCCCCGACCUGUGAUGAAGACAAGGGCAGCAUUCUGUCUCAUCACCACGUCCCUGACCAGAAUCUCGCGGCGGCUUUGUCGAGAUAUUCUAAGGUCACGCCGAGCAGCAAGGUCGCCAUUCACGCCAAUUAACAUAGCAGCUAUCAAACAAGAAUGUCAGUUACGACUUGCCGAGGUUGGUAACUACGAGCCAAAUAUUGAACCAAUGAAGCCACAGACUCUGGAUCCAGUCGUGGCACGACUUGGUAUCAACAUCAAAAUGGAAAAACCUGCACUAUUGCUUAAAUCAGAUUCGGAUCACAUCAAACCAGAAAAGUUGUACUUCCCAGUGUCGUUAUCUCAACCAAGACCAGUAGAGGUUAAGGCUGUGGAAGUAGAACCAUCCUCUAUGCAGAUCAGUGGGUCACCGUCGAUCAUGAAGAAGAGGGGUUAUGAACAGAGUAACGGUAUUGAUGGACCACCUUCCAAGCGGCCGUCCAUGGGAGUCAUCCGUCAGAUCGGCUCUGCCAUGAGGUCACACAUGAGGGGUAGUGUACUGAACCACAAUAUGAAUGGGCGUGGCAAGAUGCCAGUGUCAAAAGGAAUGAGGAUGCACAUGAUAAACUGGAUAGAUGCUCCCGAUGAUGUAUACUUUGUGGCUACUGACGCCACCAGGAAAAUAAGGAAGCAAUGGAGCUCUCAAGAUUUCAAAAGAACAGCCAGAAACCCCUGGAAGAACAUGCUGAUCAAGCCAGCAAUGGGCGGAGCUGAGUCUGACAUAGUGGUCCUUGACUAGACUAGUCACCUGUUGUGUCACUGUGGAGCCUCCAUCAGAGGUGACGGGAUACUUGUUGUGUCACUGUAGAACCUCCGUCAGAGGUGACAGGACACCUGUUCUCCUCAUAGUGCUCAAGUGGUUGACUGAUUCAAGUUACAUCUCACUGAAGAUGAAUGUUAAGAUAUAAAAAUACUAAUCUUAAUGUAAUAGAUAUUUUUUCACAAGUGAGGGAUGUGGAAAUGAAGGGUUGUUACAAUAGUUUUUGUACAUCGGACGCGUCCAAAGGGCGUUCCGUGUCUGAAUAAUACUCCUGGCACAACGGUGGUAUGUUAGCUGGGUGUGCAGAACUAAUAAGGGAGGAUCUGGUGUCCCUAGGGUCUGGAUGGUCAGUGACAUUCUCUUCAUGGGGAGGUGGGUAUACUUUGGAAGUGGAUGCCUGGCAAGGAAAUUUGUGUAUUGGAGAAACAAAAGGUGUAUUUUGGGUUGGGGGCACUUCCUGUAUAGAGUGGUUGGGUUGGUAGACACAGCUGUCUGUUGAGUGUGUGUGAGUGUGUUUUGUUUUAACAGCUGGUGCUGUCAACAACAUUGUCAUAUGAAAAAUAUUAAGUUUGAUGAUUACUGCAUACUUUUGUGUUCAUCUCUGAUAAGAUCUCUUUAAAGGUAUUGAAACAAAUCCUGGAUUUCAAUGGUCGUGGUGAUACUUGUUGUCCCCAGGGCAGUUUCUUUUUGUUUCCUAGCCGAAAAGAGAUGCCUCCUUUGCGUUAAAAUGCCCCUGGGAGUACUGGGUUUUCUGGAAUACCCUGACCAUCCCUUUAGCAGACUGUCGUCUAAAGUAAUGUUUGUGUACCUGUUCGCAUGAUUUAAUGCGAUGAAAUACGUUUUGAAUUGUGCUAAACUUUGCUCGAGAUUUGAGAGUUAGCAUCGUCCCUUUGGUCAAUACAUGUAAGUGUGUUCACCUAACUGUGGCAGCUGAGACAGAUCUAUGGUCUGCUGAGUAUACCAGCCAUACACGUUGCCCAUUUGUACAGUUUUAUUGUUAAUAUAUGAAUGGAGAGUGAGAGGCACCAUGGUAGUAUUUAUGUGUAGACCGAGGGAUCGCUUAUACAACAAAAAUCACUUGUCAUUAUUUUUGUAUGUUAAUUGUACUGAAACUCAAGUACUUGUAUAUAGUUAUAUCACCAAUCCAUCCUAGUUUUGUUUCAAAAGUCUCACAACUCUAAUGAUACCGAAAUGAAAUAGACAUGACCCACAUAAUCUAUUCCAGAACACUGGACCAUGUUAGAGAUAAACUAUCAAACUGGAAAGUAUUAUUUACAAUGUUCAAUGUAUAUACGAAAAACUGGAAAUUCUUCAAAAUUGUACAUGUUAUAGAUUACUGUCUGUUGCUGCCAAAUCACAGCCAACGUACAAAGCACAGUCAAUGUACAAAUCACAGCCAACGUACAAAGCACAGUCAAUGUACAAAUCACAGCCAACGUACAGAGCAGUCAAUGUACAAGUUACUAAUCUGUAGUUCCCUUCUUUGUUUCGACGAUUCUUUUGGUUUAUAUGUGCAAUUCUAAACUAUUAUCAUUAAAGGGUUCAAUUAUAAGAGAAACAUUUAAACUGCUGGAUUUAUGUGCUCCUGUGCAAAAACCAAUAACAAUCCAUUUUGAAACCUAUUUGUGAUCUGGGAAAGAGAACUGAUCUGGAUGGAUCAGCCCUAGCAAUGAUAUGUCAGGAAACUUAGUCUGGGUCUAGUGGAAUACAUUGAUGCAUUCAUUUUGUAUGUUUUCUCGUGCGAAUUCAUUAAACCAUUGUUUUCAUAUAUUUUUUUUUGGUCAAAAGCAGUUCAACCAUUUAGUGCAUUUGUGUGUAAGGUUUCUAGUUUGCAUUUGGACAAAAAUACAGUCCUAUCUUGGAAAUUUAAAAUCAUUGAGUGAAACUGAAAAUUGUAAUAAUCUUCAUUUCUUUUUUUUAGUUUUUCUUAUGUUUGUUAAUCAAUAUUAAACCACAUCAGGUCUGUCUGCGUCCAUUUUUCUUUGUGUACAAUCUUAGCCAUGUGUUACAUUUAACAAGUAAAAUCAAAUUGUAUAUAGACGAGAUUUAAAUUUGUUUCAUCAAAGUAUUAUUGAUAAGAUUUUUAUACGUUUCUGGUAACAGAUGAAAUAUUAGAUAUUUUGUCCGCAGGUCAUAUCUUCUUGACAUUGUACAACACUUAAUUUAUUCAAUUGUAUUCAUACCAUCUUCUGUUUUUGACUUGCAAAACCAUCGAAUCAUAAUUAAAAUAUUGUACAUAAACUA